AGUAGCAAAUGUUUAUAUACAGAGUGUGUAGGCUCGUGGGUGUGUGAUGGGUGCGUCCCGUCCCCGUCCUCUCUUCAUUGGUUAUUAUUGGACCUAACAGCCAAUUAUCUUACAUGUUCUUUGCUGCAGGCCGGUCCCGGAGGUUCCCCAGGUGACGGCAGCACACAAUACAAGGUCCGGCGAGGAGGAGUGAUGGGGCGGUGCUGAGACUCGCUCCCUGAGGUGGGUCUGGCUGCUAUUUCCGCUGCCUAUAAUAAGGUAUUUCAACAACGCUUUCAUCACGAGGGGAUAAGGCGGCAGUGUGGCGGCCUGGCAGACCUUCCCUGGGUGUGUGGGUAGAGUGCUUUGAGUCCCACCACCACCACCACCACCACCACCACCACCACCACCACCAGCAUGAGGUCCCCUUCCUCCAGUGCAGGCAUCACCAAGUCCUGGGUGGAGUUUAUGUUGACAGACUAUGAGAGCCGGAAGAUUCCUUCCACCACUGUCACUGUCAACAAAUUCACCAUCAAGAAUGCCACCAAGCCUGGGGAAAGCUUCAAUGCAGAGCUCAUUCUGCUGGACGUGGAGGCGUUGCUCAGCAGUGAUGGCCAGUCAGCUGACAUAAGGCAGAACAAGGAGUAUCACCUGGUGGUCAAGUUCCUGACCAAAGACCCUCUGACGUGUGAGGUGAUCAAACGGUGUGGCUACCACAUCAAGGAACUCAAGAUGUACUCGGAGGUGGUGAGGGAACUCAAUGAUUUCCAGGCCACUCAUGCUAGUGACAAGUACAGACUCUUCUUGCCUGAGUUCAUCUAUGGCAAGUGUACAGAAAAGGAGUACGUGCUGGUCAUGGAGAACGUGAAGGUGUUGGGUUACGAGACCAACCCCAAGCAGGAAGGCCUCAGCUUUGAGCACGCCAUGGUGGCUGUGGAUCACGUGGCACGCCUCCAUGCCGUCUCCUACUCCUAUGACAAGACACACAACUUCCUAGAGAAGUUCCCGUGCUUCCAGUUCAGCACCGCCAUUAGCACCUUCUUCAAGCCAGUGGUGUGGGCCUCCCUGGCCAAUGUGAUCACCUUCCUCAAGAGCCAGAAGAUGUAUGAAGACAUGGUGAAGAAGCUGGAGACGGGGCGCACCACACUGCCUGUCAAGUUUGCUGCGCUGUGGGACGACCAGACCAGGCACCGCUUCCUGGCCCUCACCCAUGGGGACUUCUGGAACAGCAACCUGAUGUACCGCCACGAUGAGAGUCACAACAUAGAGUCCCUCAAACUGAUUGACUGGCAGAUUGCACAGUGGAACAAUCCCGUGUUUGACCUCCACUAUCUGCUUAACACCUCCACCUCCUUUGAGAUGCGGAGGGACCAUGCAGAAGAGAUCCUGCGGCACUACCACACCACCUUCACCACUGCCACCAGCACCAUGGGCACACCCGUCCCCAACUGGAACUAUGAGCAGUUUAAGGCAGAGUUUGAGCGGACGUCCCUGGUGGGGUUCCUGAUGGGGAUGUGCCUGAUCCAGGGCACGCUGAGCAAAGCUGGGGAGAACAUCAACCGUGGGGGCUCGGCUUGCUGUCCCUCCUCCUGCUGGCUGACAGACAAGAUCAAGUCGGGCUUUGCCAAGGUGGUGGUGUCCCUGGCCUUCAAGCCAUCUUCCUCUUACAUCAUGCGUGCCAGCAUCAAAAAAGUUCUGAGUCCCAUUGGCCAGGAACUGGUGGAGGGCAGCAAUGAGUUGCUCAACAGCAGGCUGCUAGAUCUGCUGUUGGAGGCUGAUGAGAAGGGUGUGCUGGAUGUACUGAGUCUGUAGAAGGCACCAGCAGGUCAGGUGUGCCCAGCUGUCAUGGGCAGGUCAGACCCAUACAGGCACUGCAGGUAGGUCUUCACAGGUGCAAUAGGUAGGUCAUUUACAAUGGUGCCACAGGUAGAUCAGGUCUGUGGAGGCAGUACAUGUGAUCUUGGUCUGUCAGCACCACACAGGUCAGGUCUUCAGGGGACUCGACUGAUAGAUCAGGUUCACACGUGCAGUAGGUCAGGAGUAUAGGUGUUUACAGAGGCAUCAUGGGUAGAUAAUUUCCACAGAGAUGCCACAGGUAGGUAAUUUAUACAGAGGAAUCAUAGGUAGGUCAAGUUGACAGUGAUAGGUCAAGCUCACAUAGGCCCCACAGGUACCCCUGGCUACUUCCUGCUGGCCUCGGCUUCCAGUCUGUCUGUCUGCCUAGGAUAAUUACACAAGUUCAAAUGAAGCUUCUUGGCAAGGAAAGAUGACUAUUUUUGUACAUAAACUCCAUCCUUUAGGUGUGUGGGAAGACAGUGGUUGUGUAGACUUUUUUGUAAGGCAUCUUUGCUCUUUUUAAUGUGUUCAUCUGCUUCUCAGGCUUUUAGCUGUGGCUUUUCCUCACCUGGCCACUCUAAGUAAUAUUGAAAGAUGUUCUCUCUGGGGCAUAAUCAACUUUUAUGGUUUAAAAAGAAAGGUUUCAGCAUAUAUAGAGGAUAUUUUUGCUAGGUGGCUUAGUGAAUGGUUUCAAGUUAUUUAGUAAAGAAGUAAUAUUUGUGAUGACGUAAUAAUUGAAAUGAUGAUGACCACAGCAAUGUAGUAUUAAUUACAAUAGUAAUAACAACACUCACUGAAGUGCCUCAUUUGGGUUUUGUGAAGUCAUAUUUUUGUGCCUAGUGUAAGACAGUGUUGUGAUCUGGAUCCCGGGGCCUGCUUCACUCAACUAGAUACUGCGCCUCACACACCUCAUUCUUACUUUUUACAGUGUACUCUUUGUUGAAAUUUUACAAAUAUAUUCAAACAAUUUGUUUUAAGCAGGAAUAUUUUAUGUUGAGCUGGUGAUGUGUAUUAUGGACAGUGGGAGGCUUGUGCUGGUGUGCUGGCCUGGAGGGCAGUGAUGGUGGUGGUGAUGGGUGACAGCCCUACCAGCCAAUACCUUCACCAUUGGUUAUAUUUUAAAAAUUUGUUGUGUUCAAAUUACCAAAGGAAUGCCAGAUGACAAAUUGAGAAUUGUGUAGUAUUACUAGAUUUUUGAGAAUGUGAAUUUUAGGUAAUUUUAUACAUGAAUCAGUACAUGCAGAGUACUGGCACAUUCAGUGAGCUAGGGAGUGAUGAGUGUGGCAGCAUGACCACCCCUCACCCCGGACUGUGGUGGGUGUCGGCACAGACAACCAGGCUUGGGGAGAGGGCAAGGUGGUGGAUGCAUUCCUAUUUUCACAACCUUCCUGUAACUGCUGCUGAUGCUGCCACCGUGUCACAGUGACCUCUCAGUGUGCAGCGGUGACUCCUGGACUGAUGAUUCGUGGUGUUUUAUGCAAUAUUUCCUAUAGUGAGGGAGGCCUCUUGCAGGUAUCAUGGGAUAGUAACUUUUACUGUGUGUGUGUGUGUGUGUGUGUGUGUGUGUGUGUGUGUGUGUGUGUGUGUGUGUGUGUGUGUGUGUGUGUGUGUGUGUGUGUGUGUGUGUGUGUGUGUGCAUGCAUGCAUGCAUGCAUGUGUGCUACUCACCAGAAAGUGGGAAGGUUGAGUUGUCUCACAGUUGGAUUGUCACUCACCUUCCUCACCUUAAUGGGAAGUAACCAGAGCAUCUACACAGACUUCCAGAGUAUUGCAUAAUGUAGGAGAAAAAUGAAACCAAGCUAUGCUACUUAACAUUUUUUACUCCUAUGGCAAUUAUAUAUUUGUAACCAUGAUCAGAAAUGCAAUGUCCAUCAAGAUGGUGAGCUGCUGUGCAUGUCACCUAGCCUGAGGUGCUGACCCUCAUGCUGCACGCGUUUCCUCCGCUGUCUGGGUUGAAGCAGUGAUGGUCACCAGUGUUUCACUCACCUGGGUUGCUUCCUUGCUACAAAUUAACUUGUGAUGAAAGCACAGCACGGCACAGCAUGGCACAGCAGCGCCACACCUUUGAUGGAAGCUGGUAUGUGUUUAUGUGUCACACAGAUGUUCUCAGAUGCCUUCCUCAGAUGUUUGUUGCUAAAAUAUUUUCCUGUGUCAUAAGUAUGUAUGUAUUUGCUUUAUAUGUUUGUUGGAUGAGCUGUUCUCAUAAGCCAAAGGCACAAAGCUUAACUGAAGCACAAAGCAAAGUUUUAAAUGUCUAAGCACUGCAUUUUUCAAAUAAUCUAUUUUCCUAACUAACAUAAGGGUAUUGAUAUUCCUAUAGGCAAACUUGUAGUUUUCAUUCUUGUGACAUGCUAUUUAUGUGAUGCACUUUUGGGUCAAGCUUUACUAAGCAGCCUCCUGGUGAGUGUUGUUGUGCCUGUCAGUCGUGUCAUGUCACUGAGUGAUUGAUGGGUGUCAUACCACUAACCCUUUAGAAAGUGCCACCUCCUUGUCUGCUCUUCACCCACUUGUUGGGCCUCCUCACCUUGCUUACUGUUCAUUGUUUGUGUUUAAUGUUGAGUGUUAAGUGUGUGUGUGUGUGUGUGUGUGUGUGUGUGUGUGUGUGUGUGUGUGUGUGUGUGUGCAGAUGGACUGGUGCUGAUGUGGUAUGAGGUGGAUGGGGUGCUGAGUGCAUCUUGUAAGGCAGCAGUGGGAGGCAGCAUGGAGAGGCAGUGGUGUGCAUUGGCCCAGGCUGAACCAUGACAGUGUUGAGGGACUUGGGUGAUGAGUGUCUGGGCAUGAUGUAAGGUGUUGAAAUGGUACUGGUAAUGUGAAAGACUUGGUGUGUGUGUGUGUGUGUGUGCUGGUGUCCACAAACUAGUGAAGGAAGAAUAAUCACCAGUGCCUUACUGAGAGUUGCUUGCACGUAUAUUUAUGUAUGAACAAGUUGAGUCUAUGAUAUAUAUUAUGAUAUAUAUUCUAUGUGUUGUUAGAAAAAUAGAGUAUUUAAUAUAUUUGUAUAAUUUAUAGUUUACACUGUCAGAAAGGUGUUGGGUAUGUGUAUGUGUGUGUGCGUGUGUGUGUGUAUGUGUAUAUGUCUAUAUGAUGUGAUGCAGGUGGGUGAGGUUGCAAGUGUGUGGAUGAAGGAAGCACAGUAAUAUAUGAAUAAUUAUAUGUUCUUGUUCUGUUAUAAAGACUUCUUGUUGUUUGAUUAAUGCACUGAAGUGAUCUGUUAGCUUGCCACUGAGACGUGUGGGACAGAUGGGGCAGAGAAGGUGUGAGGAGUGCGUCUGCGUGUCUGGCAGGUGGAUGUGAAUUGACUGUGUUCAUAUGUCUUCACUGAUCAAUGUUUUAUUUGUCAUCCUGAGUCAUUGUAAUGUGAGGCAGGAUGUUACAGUGUUAACUAAUGGGGAUAUUAAGAAAGAAAAAAUUCUUGACUUGAGCAACUGCAAGAAACAGUUAUACAGGUGUGGAAUCAUGCAAGACUUAUUAUUAUUAUUAUUAUUAUUAUUAUUAUUAUUAUUAUUAUUAUUAUUAUUAUUAUUAUUAUUAUUAUUAUUAUUAUUGGUGUUGUUGAUGUUACUGCCAUUAUUGCCAUAUGUUACUGAUUGAUUUGUGUUCUGUGAGACAUGUACAAACAGGGCAACACUUCCAUGUGCAGAGUUAAUACAGCUCAGGAAGAUGGUUAGUGUGUGUGUGUGUGUUGAGGGAAUGAGUUGAAGUAAAGUAUUAGCAGUGUAUAAAGCACAAAGCAGUUUUGCCACUCUACAUAUUCAGCUCAGGAUUUUGUGUGAGAAAGAGAGAGAGAGAGAGAGAGAGAGAGAGAGAGAGAGAGAGAGAGAGAGAGAGAGAGAGAGAGAGAGAGACUAGUGCUAAAGCCGUUAUGUGCAGCUCAAAAAUGAAAGAGGUACAGAUAAAGGGAUGUAUUGAUAUUAUGAAUAGAAAACUUUGCAAGAAUGAAUAAGUGAGUGAACAAUGAUGAUUUAGAGAUACUUGAUUGAUUUUGUGUAUGAUAAAGGGCUGUGUGUGUGUGUGUGUGUGUGUGUGUGUGUGUGUGUGUGUGUGUGUGUGUGUGUGUGUGUGUGUGUGUGUGUGUGUGUGUGUGUGUGUGUGUGUGUGUGUUAAGACAGGUCUAUUGUGUCUUUUCUUUGUCUGAUGCUGAUUUUUCAUGCUGUUUUAUCUGCAUUUUAUAUUUUUAUAGUCUUUUAAUGUGUGUGUGUGUGUGUGUAUGUGUGUACACCAAAUUCCUAUACUUAGUACUACUUAACUUCAUGCUAUUUAACCUGAGUACCAGGUCUUAAGAAGUUGCCCUCUUCCUUGCAACCCAUAAAAAAAAGUGUACUUGAAAUCUUGGUUUUUCUUGAUCUAAAGAAAAGAAAACUAUGAAUUAAAAGUAAAAAAAUCAUGAUUGAAUUUCACAGCUGUAAGUUAGUGAAUUGUGGAGAGAGAGAGAGAGAGAGAGAGAGAGAGAGAGAGAGAGAGAGAGAGAGAGAGAGAGAGAGUAAACGUGGUAAUGAUGAAGCAUGAAAAUUAAUUGUCAGUAAUGGAAAAGUGACGAGAGAGUGAAGGUGGUGUCUGCCUUCGCUGUGCAAGUGGUAAUAAUAAAUGUGACUAUUGUA